UUCUUUGGACAACGGAUUCCUUGUUAUUGCACCAAAACUUCAUUAAUCUUGGAAAUGCAGCAGUUACUGAAACUCGUUUUUGUUCUCUUGUUGUGCGUGUCUGGGUCGCGGCCCUUCCAGGUAAUUUGAAAUAAUUUUCAUUGCAUGGGAACUAGACAGUGCAAAAUGUGUUGAUCUGGAUCGUGGCAAAUCUACUGCUUGUUGAGGCAGUGACAGUCAUUUUGAAAUGUUUCUUAUUAUUUUAGUUUUCGUGUUAUCUGAAGUCUGCAUAUCAAGCUUAAAACUAAAAACUCUGAGUGAUGUUCAAGGCCUUGCGGCGUAAUCAUGUUCAAAUUCAGUAUUUGUCCAUCCAUAAAACCUGUGAAAGAAAUUAUCUUUUCCUUUUGUUUUUGUUUUUGCAGCCCACGGGAGAGCUAAAGUACUGUUCCCGGCCGGGCGAUUGCGCUGCUCAAGUUGAGUGCUGUGUUAAAUCACGUGAAAGACCUGGUGUACGUUAUUGCUCAACUAUGCUCGAACUCGAUGAUGUUUGCACCCCGGUGUUAAUAGUGAGUAUAAUAACUUCAGUGUUUCAUGAAACUGUUUGAAGAAGGUAGGAAAAUGCGUUGGUCUUAUUUUGGUCACAACUUCAGCUGCUGUACGGCGUAGCUAGCCGGAUUUUUGACCUCUUCCACGUGUCAUACAGUGUUUUGGGGCCAUAAACUGUCGCCAAAGCAGCCAACAUAAAAACUAAGACUGCAACCAUUGCUUUUUUGAUUCUUUUUUGAUUCUUCCUUUUCCAACUCGCUCUUUUUUCUCCUUUCCUUGUCCCUUUGAAGGUGAGAUUUUCGAGCGAGACCGCGAGCAGUCUUUUUCUGCGAGUUACGUGGCUCUCACGAAAGAAAGGCCACCGCUCGCGGUCAAUAUUACCACUUAUCGCUGAGUUCGUUUUCGAAAAAACUGAGUAAAACUAAAAGGAAUAUCUGCAAGCAAACAACAACAACAAGAAACAGGAUACCACAAAACAGAACACGCACCGGGAAACAGGAAAAUACUAGUUGGAGCCGGGAAAUACCGUAAAAUUCCGAAAAUAAGCCCCUCCAUGUAUAAGCCCCUCCAAAUAUAAGUCCCCCAAACUCGUAAAGCAAAAAACCCUCCGUUUGGAGCCUUGGAAAAUUGCCGUCAAAUGCAAAGUAAAACAAAGCAAAAACGGAAAUAGCCCAAUCGAUGUCGAAACGCAAAUUUCCCUCCAUGCCCCUCCGUAUAUAAGCCCCUCCAAAAACAAGCCCCUCAAAAGGGCCUUUGAAAAGAUAAGCCCUGUAUUAUGAGCAUGUCAGGCGCUGUAAAAUUGUCACGUGAUGAUUUACUGUGAAACUCACAAAAGCGUGAACACCAAAUUAUUUGUGGAAUGUUAUUGUGUUGCGAGAAAUUAGCCAAUAAGGCGUGAGAUAUCUAAACCGCAGACAGCAACAGUAAUUAGUUUGUGGUUUUGAGGUUUGCUUGCGUAUCCUGAACUUUAUUGCAAUUGGCCAGUACACAAUCAACUUUCCUGAAAUUUUUCAAGGGUUCACAGUUCUCUGAGUUUGACAGUAAAAUCUUCAGUCGUGUCCAGCUAAUGAAGAUGUUUGAGAUGAAAAUAUCUCUGUUAAAACUAUUCUAAAAUUGGCUUUCCACCUUUUUAGCCUGGCCUGGACUUUUCCUGUCCUUGCACCCCAGGACUGACAUGCGCAAAGAUGGACGAUGACGAAAAAGAAAAUUCUCAAUACAAAUGUAUUCCUGUUCCUAUAAUCGAGGAUGAAAGAGACUGA